CUGACAUUACAUUACAGUGAAAUGAAAGAAACCGUAACGACAAACAAAAAAACAUCGUCAUUUUACCAACUCGAAAACCCCGGACAGGGGAAUUUUGAAAUUUUCAUAUAGCUUCAACCACGCCUUCCAGUCAUGAUGCAUUCAAUCAAUAUCUAUAUUAGUUCAUCGUCACCAAACUUGUUCUUUGACUCACACAAUCCAACUGUCUCGAGGACAUCUUCAUCAAUCCGAUGCGAUAACGAAUUCAAUCACAGGACACGCUCCCGACCCUCUUGAUAUUAAAACUUCCAAGAAUUCGUGGGGGCUGGCUGGUUCCAGCUAAAAAAACACGUUGGCCCAUAUUCUGAGCAGCCCAGGCCGCCCCCAACUGAGCCGCAACGCAACCACAACAGCAACCACGUACCUUGCCUUAAACCCUACCUACCUAUCAACUAAACCUAACCGGAACUGACCUCCGCUACCUUGGCCUGGGCAACUGUUUAUAAUGACCAUUCGACCCCUUCAGGCACCAGCAUCCCCUCAAGAAGCUUCUGACGUGUCCAAUCCUGCCGAACAGGCGAUGCACGAUAACACCAGUGACCUUUCUACUCUGGCUUACUUCCUCGGGGGCAGUCAACAGUACCCACCAGGCACAUCAUCCUCAGAUCAACAUUACGCCGCAACAUGGUGUCCUCGCCUGAUGCCUAUCCAGGCCCCCAUCAUGCCCUGGGCUAACUCGGGCCAGCAGCAGUGCGAGUCACCCCUUGACAUUGUGCACGAGGGCGAGGUUUCUUACGAGUUUCCUACUCCAACGCCGACGUCGGCUCAUGAGUACACAUACCAUAGCAACCCUCAUCCAAACAUCCAGACGUCUCGUCGGGGCAGCAACCCGAGAAAUAGCAACCUACCUAGCGCCUCCACAGUACCAUCCCCUCUCACCAACACCAGCCCACAGAGCUUCGGAAAACCCACCAAACGAAGCUCCUCGACUGAGCGCAAAGACUCCACCAGCAGAAACCCCAAGCGCCCCAGGCGAUCCAACACAACAGGCACCAUCGGCAACACAAAGAACAGCAGCACCGCUUGCGACCCCACCACCGACCUGAGCUCCUCAUCGCAGAGGAAAAGGCGCCGCUUUGCCUGUCCCUACAAAGUCUACGAGCCACACCUCAGCUGUUUUCUGGAGGGCCGGCGCAACCAAGCCGGCGGCUGCGAGAGCAUCUACCGGCUCAAGCAGCACUUCAAGCGCGUGCACAAGCGCACCUUUCGCUGCGAGCGCUGUUGGAAGCACGAGGAGACGCUGCGCGGCCUCGAUGAGCACAGGGCCGCCAACGCCUGCCAGCCAAAAGACCUCGCGGCUACGGAGAGGUUCAUGGACGAGGAGCACGAGGCGCUCGUGGAUGCGCCCCUGGGCACCAGAUCUGAAGAGGAGUACUGGUGGGACAUGUUUACCAUGUUGAUACCAGGGAUGGCCGAGGCUGAUCCGGCAUGGAUGAGGGCCCGCUAUUCUCCAUAUCAUCAAGACGCCCGCACGACCCAGAACAUCACCGCCCAGCUGCUUCCAAACCUAGGCGGGAUCGACAGCGCCCUAGCAACGCCCGCGAUGCUUGGCGAGUCGACCUUUUCCUCGGGCAUGCCCGGUGACACGGCGAGCAUGAAAGGCGUAUUUGACAGCAACACCGAGUCCACCGCCUCCUUUCUCGGUCUGGGAACGCUCGCCACCGAAACCCCGCUCUUCCCGUCCUUCCCAGCUCCAUCUGCCGCCACCACGGCGUUGACGUCCCCGGCUCGGUCGCUGGAACACUCACCACACCUGCAGUGGGCGCAACAAGCCAUCGGCGAGCACUCGUCCCCUGCUCUGCCGCCGCACGUACAGGGCGACUUUCACUUCCACGAUAGCGACGAUGCAAUCCACCAGCAGCAGCAGCACUCGGAGGAUGAGAUGGAGGCUGGGCGGCAGGCCGCAUACCAGCGCAUCCAGGGCUUGUUGGUGGCUGCGUUGGCGGGUGAGAUGCCAAGUCGGGCUCGUGCGCUGGUCGCACAGGCCGCGAGGGAGCUGGAUGAGAUUCGGCUUGGCAGUGGUGCUUGAUCAUUGUAGUUGUAUUGUCUCUCUGAUCUUGGGUACUUUGUUUUAUGAUUGACGUGGAUCUAUAGACUCGGUGAGUAUGUAACCGAACAAGAAAAAAAAGAGAAAAAAAAAAAAAAAAAGGCCAAGCUCAACCCUCGCAUGCUCGCAUCCCUUUUCCUCACG